AUGGACAACAUCUCACGGUCGGGGUUGGUGAACAUGUGCCGGUACAUGGGAGUCCCACCGUUUGGAAACGACAAUUUCCUGCGGUACUGCUUGCGCUCUAAGCUGCGAGCCAUCACGCAGGACGACCAGCGCAUCCUGUGGGAAGGAGUGUCGAGUCUCACGAAGCAGGAGCUGCAGGAAGCGUGCCGAGAGCGAGGCAUGCGCGCCACGGGUCUCACCAAGCAGGGGUAUGUACGGCAGCUCAGCCAAUGGCUGGAUCUCAGUACGAAGAAGAGUGUGCCUAUUUCGCUGCUCAUCAUGAGCCGAGCAUUCACUCUUCAGGCGCCCGACCCGGCAAAGGCCCUAGCGCAAUCAAUAUCUGCCAUGGACGAUGACGUCGUGACCGAGGUGAUGAUUGAGGCUGCCUCCAGCGAGGAGCAGAAGACGCCGGAGUACCGCACCAGGAAGUUGGAGUCUUUGACGAGACAGAACGAGCUCAUCGAGGAAGAGAACCGCAAGAGGGAGGAGGCCGAGCAAGCGCAGGAAGCCAAGAAGGUGGAAGAGGCCAGCAAGGCUGAAGAGCUGAAGGCUGCCGAACUCAAGGAGGCGGGCGAAGUUGGUGCUGACGGCGUUUCGUCGAAGGCCACGGCGGAGACCGCGGAGGAUGAAGCUGUCGACAAGCUCGUCGAGAAGGCGGCGGUCGAAGCAGCGGCUAGGACAGCGCCAGGGGACGCCUUGCCACAGGUUGAGAUGCAGGAGGGGCAGCAGCGCUUUGGGGCAGCGUCGGGUGUCGAAGCAAAGAAAGGCACGGAGCCCAUCACCACUGAAGCAGAUCUUGUUGCACCCUCGACGGGUGUCGGGGUGGGAGGCCGGUUGGUGGCCUCCAAGGCAGCGAAGUCAAAUCAGUCCAAGAAGGCAUCCAAGACAAGUGCUAUGAACACGCCGAAGGUCGAGCUGGACCAGCGCGUGGGAGACGUGACUGAUGCUGAGCGCCAGGUGUCGAGCAAGGAAGUGAAGGACGCCGCGGAAGAUGGAGGGAACAAACUCACGAACGCUGAGCUGGCUGCUCUGGAGUCGUUGGCCAGUCCGUCCAGCGUCGAGAAGGAGAAGGCACAGUUGGCUAUGAUGAAGGCGGCCUUGCAAGAGUCGUUGGGCAAGCCUGACGGAACAGAGCGAAAAAACGUCGAGACGGGCGAUGCCAGCGACGCCGAAGGAGCGUCCAAGGAGUCUGGUCCGCCUACCUCAGAGAAGGACGACACCACGCGUGGUGGGGCUGGUCAGCAGACACAGCCCGAGGACGAGCACGAGAUGCCGCCAGCAGAGAAGCCUGAUACACUGAAGGAGACGACGGAAUCACCAUCGGUCGCAAUGGCAUCAGGAGAUGGUGCUACUCCAGGGUCUGAGGGUGCUGCCGACGUUCAGGAGGAUGCCAAGGCUGAAGAGCCUGCUGUGGAUAAGAGCGUAGAGCGGGUGCAAACGAAGCUGGCAUCCAUGCUCAAUAGGCUUGAGCUGGAGAUCCAGUCCGUGGAGCAGCGGAUCGGCGACAAAAUGCACGUCUUGGACAGAGACUCCGAUGGAAUGGUGUCUGCGGAAGAGAUUGCACAUGUGGUGCAACACGUACUAGCAACAAAAAGCACGGCAAUGGAGGCCAAGGCGAUCGCCGAAGACAUGGACACCGACUCCGACGGACAGAUUAGCGUGGCAGAGCUGAUCGCGUGGGUGAGGAAAAACUCGGAACAGGACGCGGAGCAUGUAUUCGACGAGAUCUAUCAAAGAGAUACGAAGGAGACACCAACAAAACCACCGUCUGCCAAAGAGUAGGAGGGUCGGUUUGGGAGUGAUGGCUAGCCAGCACCUAGAUUUGGAGAGUGCAGCUGAGCCCCAGUCCCUCGUGCCUGCAAGGCGUGCAGAGGCACAUUGCCUACCCAAGAGCCGUUCCCGUAUGUUUCUGUGCCCCGGGCAGUGUAGGAGGAGCUCAUGUAGAUAUAGUUUGAUGUUGCAAAUGCGAUGUGUACAGAGGCGAGAGUACGUGUGGGAUAAUAUCGCCCUUUUCAGCAUGCUGGUAGACGCUUCGACUGUGCUUGCGUUAUUCGGUUGCUUGUUGACAAACGUGAGCUUACGAGAACACAACCCAUUUUCGCAGGUGCGGCUUCACUUGUCUAAACCUACUCGAGCUGCAGCCCCCCACCUCCCCCUUCUCCCAGGUGGAGUGGAUCGGGGCUCGAAACUUUGACAGAUUUUUGCACGCAGGGGUACAGGUCGCGUCGCCACAGAACUAGCACACGUUUGUGAUGGCCCGGUUAAGGACCCUUAUGUACACUACAGCAGUAGUGGCUGUUGGUGACCUGCAUAGUCAAUGAGAACCCGAGCCUGCAGAAGGAGGUGUGUCGCGUACUCUGCGGGAGUAUUCGGUGUUCGAGGGCCUGUACACCCGCAAAGCCUUCAUAGCAGUUCCUUGCCGCGUAGUCGUAGUUGAGUCCGUCGUGAGAGAUCUCUUCGCGCAGUGUACACGCCCUUCUCUAGGAUGUACAAGCUACUCGCAGCGGGCACGAAUGCCCUGCAGAGCUGUGUCGUGAAAUUGACGAAAUGGUUUCGGACGUAC